AUGGAGGACAAACCCAACUCGUUCUCCGGCGCCAAGGAGGAGAAAUCGGACGGGAAUAACGCCUUCCAGAGGCAGGACUCCAUCCAGAAGAACAACAGCACGGGCGGCCAGAACACUAAGGAGCACGGCAACUCGGUUGGCUUUAAGGGGGAGCGCGACGAGGCCAUGGUGGGCUUCGACGACCUGGAGGCGGCGUCCAGGCAACACGGGUUCAUGCAGAGGCAAUUCGGGGCCAUGAUGCAGCCCGGAGUCAAUAAGUUCUCCCUGCGGAUGUUCGGCAGCCAGAAAGCGGUGGAGAAGGAGCAGGAGCGGGUGCAGACGGCCGGCUACUGGAUCAUUCACCCGUAUAGCGAUUUUAGGUUCUACUGGGACUUGAUAAUGCUCAUCAUGAUGAUGGGGAAUCUAAUCAUCAUUCCUGUGGGAAUAACCUUCUUCUCAGAGCAGACCACCACCACCUGGCUGGUGUUUAAUGUGGCCUCGGACACCAUCUUCCUAGUGGACCUGGUCAUGAACUUCAGGACGGGAAUCGUCAACGAGGAGAGCUCUGAAAUUAUCCUGGACCCCAAGGUCAUCAAGAUGAACUACCUGAAGAGCUGGUUCGUGGUGGACUUUCUGUCGUCCAUACCGGUGGAUUAUAUCUUUUUGAUUGUGGAGAAAGGCUUCGACUCGGAGGUGUACAAGACGGCGCGUGCGCUACGCAUCGUCCGAUUCACCAAGAUUCUCAGCCUGCUGCGCCUGUUGAGACUGUCUCGACUCAUCCGAUACAUACACCAGUGGGAGGAGAUCUUCCAUAUGACCUAUGAUCUGGCUAGUGCUGUGGUAAGAAUAUUUAACUUGAUAGGCAUGAUGCUGCUGCUAUGUCACUGGGACGGCUGCCUCCAGUACCUGGUGCCUCUGCUCCAAGACUUCCCCCCUGACUGUUGGGUGUCGCUAAACGGUAUGGUUAACGUUUCCUGGGGUAAGCAAUACUCGUACGCCCUCUUCAAAGCCAUGAGCCACAUGCUGUGCAUCGGCUAUGGCGCCCGGGCACCGGUGAGCAUGUCGGACCUGUGGAUCACCAUGCUUAGCAUGAUCGUAGGCGCUACGUGCUACGCCAUGUUUGUGGGCCACGCCACGGCGCUCAUCCAGUCGCUGGACUCCUCACGACGGCAGUACCAAGAGAAGUACAAGCAAGUGGAGCAAUACAUGUCCUUCCACAAGCUUCCAGCAGACAUGCGGCAAAAGAUACAUGACUACUACGAGCACCGCUACCAGGGCAAGAUCUUCGACGAGGACAACAUCCUUAGCGAACUCAACGACCCGCUCAAAGAGGAAAUUGUCAACUUCAAUUGCCGUAAGCUGGUAGCCACCAUGCCACUGUUUGCCAACGCCGACCCCAACUUUGUGACGGGGAUGCUGAGUAAGCUGAAGUUCGAGGUCUUCCAACCCAAUGACUACAUCAUCCGCGAGGGCACCGUUGGCAAGAAGAUGUACUUCAUCCAGCACGGCGUUGCCAGCGUCAUCACCAAGUUCAACAAGGAGAUGAAACUGACUGACGGGUCCUACUUUGGAGAGAUCUGCCUUCUCACCAAAGGCAGACGGACGGCGAGCGUACGGGCCGACACCUACUGCCGCCUCUUCUCGCUGUCCGUGGACCACUUCAACGAGGUUCUCGAGGAGUACCCCAUGAUGCGACGGGCCUUCGAAACUGUGGCCAUCGACCGAUUGGAUCGCAUCGGGAAGAAGAACUCGUUGCUGCUGCAGAAAUUCCAGAAGGACCUGAACGCAGGCGUUUUCAACACUCAGGAGAACGAGAUAUUGAAGCAGAUCAUUCGGCAGGACCGGGAGAUGGUGAUGAUGGUGGACCGCAAGCAGUCGGUCAGCGGGAUGAACUCGACGCCAAUGUCCGGCAACUCCAUCAUUAACUCGCCAGCACAACCGCCCUUCUCCGCCGCCUUCGGGAUGGGUCAGUUCCAGCAGUCGUCGGUUCCUUUGACCUACAGCGCUUCAGCUAUCGCCAACGCCUCCGCCGCCCGUAUGCUGCCGGCCGCCGCCGCAGCAGCCCUUUACCCUGCAGCCAGCGUCACCCACCUCGGUUCCUCACCUGCUAACCCGCAGACGCCUCUUCAGGGGGCUAUUAUGUCGCCGUGCUCCUUCACGGCAGCCAUGUGCAGCCCACCGGUACAGACGCCUCUGGCCGGAAGGAGCUUCCAGUACGGCUCUCCUACGGCAUCCCAGCUGUCGCUCAUCCAGCAGCCUGUCAGCCAGCCGUCUCUCACCGGCCAGCAGACGCAACUUAGCCAGCAGCUGCCCACGUCGGCCGCGGGCGGUACCGGGACGCAGCAACAUUCCCCGCAACAGCAACAGCAGUCUCCCCAACAGCAGCAGGUCCCUUCUCCCCAACGAGGCGAAGUCCACAAGAGCACUCAAGCCCUGCAGUCGGGCAGCUUGAGUCGAGACGUGCGACAUUUGUCGGCCUCUCAACCAUCCCUGCCCCACGACACUUCGCUUGGGCCGCGGGCGCACCAAGCUUCGGGCGACUCGCUGGCUUCCAUCGCACCGCCGGCGGCGACGGCAGCACCGUCUAUUCAGGGGAUGAGUCUUCAAAGCGGCAUCCGCACCACAGUGCCCCAGCGGGUCAAUUUGUUCCGGCAGAUGUCGUCAGGGGCCCUGCCGCCCGUGCGCUCCACGUCGGCGGCGGUGGCGGCAGCGGCGGCGGCCUCAUCUUCAUCGGGCCAGCACAGGGAAUCCCCUGGCUCUCGGAGAGAUUCUGUCCUGAGCAGUACGGAGACCGAGCAAGACAAAAUGCGCUUUGCAUCAAAUUUAUGA